AUGUUGUCCCCUGCUCUGUUCCAUUCCAGCCACCUCCAGCUGACCAUCCAGGCCCCUGCAGGACGAGCUGAGGACCCAGCGAGACCUCAACCAUCUACUCCAGCAGGAGAGCAGCUCUCGGCCUGGCGGCGGAGACCAUUUCACCACCAUCGAGCUGACCGAAGAAACUUCCGCAGGCUCCAGGACGGUGCGUUGGAUGAGGAGGAGCAGGAGCGAGCCAGACGAAUCGCUGAAGCUGAAGCGCAGCUCGGACACCUGGAGGUCAUACUGGACCAGAAGGAGAAGGAGAACAUCCAUCUCAGAGAGGAACUUCAUCGGAGAAACCAGCUUCACCCAGACCCUGGAAAAACUAAAGCCCUUCAGACUAUCAUAGAAAUGAAGGACACCAAAAUUGCCUCCUUGGAGCGCAACAUUCGGGACCUGGAGGACGAGAUUCAGAUGUUGAAGGCGAAUGGAUUGCUGAAUACGGAAGAUCGAGAGGAGGAGAUCAAGCAGAUGGAGGUCUACAAAAACCACUCCAAGUUCAUGAAGACCAAGAUUGACCAGCUCAAGCAGGAGCUCUCCAAGAAAGAGUCUGAGCUUUUGGCUCUGCAAACAAAACUGGAAACUCUGAAUAAUCAGAAUUCCGACUGCAAACAACAUAUUGAAGUGCUCAAAGAGUCCCUCACUGCCAAAGAGCAACGCGCUGCCAUCCUACAAACAGAGGUGGAUGCUCUCAGGUUGCGCCUGGAGGAGAAAGAAUCAUUCCUUAAUAAAAAGACGAAGCAGCUUCAAGACUUGACGGAGGAGAAGGGAACUCUGGCUGGAGAAAUCCGAGACAUGAAGGACAUGCUGGAAGUCAAAGAGCGCAAAAUCAACGUCUUGCAGAAGAAGAUUGAAAACCUUCAGGAGCAGCUGAGGGAUAAAGAUAAGCAGCUGGGGAACCUGAAGGACAGAGUGAAGUCUCUACAGACGGACUCCAGCAAUACUGACACUGCCCUCGCCACGCUGGAGGAAGCUCUGUCUGAGAAGGAGCGAAUUAUCGAGCGACUGAAAGACCAAAGAGAGCGUGAAGACCGAGAGCGAAUGGAGGAGCUGGACUCAUAUAAAAAGGAGAACAAAGAUCUGAAAGAGAAGGUGAACACACUGCAGGUGGAGCUGACGGAGAAAGAGUCGAGUCUGAUAGAUCUGAAGGAACAUGCGUCCUCGUUGGCCUCGUCGGGCCUCAAGAAAGACUCCAAACUCAAGUCUCUCGAGAUCGCCAUCGAGCAGAAGAAAGAGGAGUGCAAUAAACUGGAGACUCAGUUGCAAAAGCAGGCAGAGCAGCUGUUCAGUCAAAUGAACAACCCCAAGGCCCAUGAAGUGGAGGUGCAGCAGAGCUCACGUGGAAACCCGGAGUAUGUAGAUCGGGUCAAACUUCUGGAAAAAGAGGUUUCCUUCUUUAAGGAUGAAUCCAGCAAAGCUCAGAACGAAGUGGAGAGGUUACUGGAGAUCCUGAGAGAGGUGGAGACGGAGAAAAACGACAAGGAUAAGAAGAUUCAAGAGUUGGAGAGUCUCGCUCCCAGGCAAACCAAGGAUCAAAUUAAAAAGGGCCCAGGAAUCAAGCUUGGUCCUCAGAUGGACAAAAAAGGCCCAGGCAACAUCUUGCAAGACCAGCGCAAGGAUAACCCAAUGGACAACCCAAAGAUGGAGGAGUUGAUGAAUGUUUUAGAAAAGACGAGGCAAGAGCUGGAUGCCACCAAACAGCGUCUGUCUUCCACCCAACAGUCUCUGUCUGAGAGAGACGGCCAUCUGACCAACCUCCGACAGGAGCGCAGAAAACAGCUGGAGGAGAUCUUAGAGAUGAAACAACAGGCUCUACUCGCUGCUAUCAGUGAGAAGGAUGCAAACAUCGCUUUGCUGGAGCUUUCGUCCUCUAAUAAGAAGAAAACGCAGGAGGAAGUGCUGGCGCUGAAGAGAGAGAAGGACAGACUGAUGCAUCAGCUCAAACAGCAGACACAAAGCCGAAUGAAACUGAUCUCCGACAACUACGAGGACGACCAUUACCACCCUCACGGGCCGCCUCCCCAUAUGCAACCUCAACCCCUUCACCCUCAACCCCAGCCACAGCCACCAUACCCACAGGGCCCGCACCCUCAUCAGCCUCCAUACCCACACGCACCCCAUCCACAGCACCCACAGCCUCCUCCACACCACCCACAGCACCCCCAGCAGCCUCAACCGUCUGGCCCACACCCACCCCGACCCCAACAGCCUCACCCUCAGCACCAACAGCACCCUCAGCACCAACAACACCCUCAGCAUCCUCAACACCCUCAGCAUCCUCAACACCCCCAACAUCCUCAUCCUGGAAUCCCUCCACAGCAGCAGCAGCAGCAUCCGCACCUCCAGCACCCUCAUGGACCUCCACCUCAGCAGGGACCUCACCCUCCACAGCCCAUGCCCCACCCGCAGCAACACCCGCAUCACCCUCCACACCCUGGGCCUCAGGGGCCUCACCCUCGACACCCUCCACCACACCACCGGGGGCCCGGACGUGGACAACCUCAUCCCGGACACAGACCUUCCCCAGACCAGGAUGAUGAAGAAGGAAUUUGGGCUUAACCAUUACCAAACCAAAGCUAUGAUGUUGUUUUAUGGGACAGUUCAGUCACUAUUGGAGGAGCACAGCCAUGCCAUACAGAUGAUAUUCUACAUUGUUCACUCUGCCAGUCUUUACUUACAAUCAGAC